AUGCAUCGUCUUUUUGCUGAGCUGGAGCCAUCUUUUACUGUCACCGAGCAAAACCUGGCAGACCGAGUUGGGUAUAUCUUGCGCGCAAAUAUAUUUGAUGUCGCCGAACUCGAACGGCUACGACGUGAGGCUGUUCCCUCAUCGAAUGAGAAUGCUACGGCUGAGGGUGCGGCGCCACAAGUUGCAGAACAACCCGCACACGUGGAUGCCGCCGUGAAUACCCCAGUGGUGGCUGAUUCAAAUGAUGAUGGAACAUUCGCCCAGGAACUGGAAAUAGAGCAUAUGAGGAGUACAUUGGAAGAGGCGAUUAUGGAAACGCGCAGUACGCCUCUCGAAAAUCGACCGCGACUUCCCCGCAUAGCCCUAAGCAAGCGGAAUCGGGCUGUCGUGAGGGCUCUGAACCCAAUGCUGGUGACCUAUUUGGAAGCCAGCCGGGACCUUUGCGAGACGGACUCAAUUCUUUUUGGCGCCGCGCUGGCAGUCUGCCGUAUUAUAGGCGCCAAACUUUCCACGGCUGGACGCGCUACUGGCCAAAGUAGUGCUAUCCCAGCCUGGAGAACAAGAAUCGAGGAACGUAUCGCAAAGGCUAGGGCCCUCAUCGGCAGACUGAUAUGCUUCAGGUCAGGCAAUAACAGGCCACGGAUUGUGCGCACCGUCAGGAUGGCGUUUGCUGGGACAAAUGUCAGUUUGUCCCAGCCGGAUAUAAUGCAAAAACUGACGGAGCGCAUAGACGACCUGAAGCAGAGAAUCGCUGCUUGGGGAAAGCGAAUUCGGCGAUAUACCGAGAGGUCGACACGGUUCAACCAGAAUCGUCUCUUCCAGAGUGAUCAGAAGAGGCUCUAUGAAUCAUUGGAGCGACCAAUGGUAAGUGGAACGGGCCCAGUACCGAAUCAGGCCGACACUGUCGCAUUCUGGCGCGGCCUGUGGUCAGAGCCCGUAAACCACAGCGAGGGCCCUUGGACCGAAGUUGUAGCGAGUCAGUGUGCGAGUAUUACGCCCUUGGACCCCGUCACCAUAACGCCGGAUGACGUAGCUGAGGCGGUCCGUAGGACCCCGAACUGGAAAAGUCCGGGGCUCGACGGGCUGCAUCACUACUGGCUGAAGGGGUUCAUGCAAGCGGCACCCGCCGCUGGUGGAGCACGUCGCAUGCGUUGGUCACAAGCAAUGAAUGCAAACGCACUGCGGGCGUACUUUAAGGCAAAAGGGGAAGAAACUGGAUGUUUGGCGUAUCGGGCUAGGAUGCAUCGUCUUUUUGCUGAGCUGGAGCCAUCUUUAACCGUCACAGAGCAAAACCUGGCAGACCGAGUUCGGUAUAUCUUGCGCUCAAAUAUAUUUGAUGUCGCCGAAGUCGAACGGCUACGACGUGAGGCUGUUCCCUCGUCGGAUGAGAAUGCUACGGCUGAUGAUGCGGCGCCACAAAUGAUAGAGCAACCCGCAAACGUGGAUGCCGCCGUGAAUACCCCAGUUGUGGUUGAUUCAAACGAUGAUGGAACAAUCGCCCAGGAACUGGAAUUAGAGCAUAUGAGGGUACAUUGGAAGAGGCGAUUGUGGAAACGCGCAGUACGCCUCUCGAAAAUCGACCGCGACUUCCCCGCAUAG